GCGCGCAGACGCGAUACGCCAGCCUCGCGCCACCGCGCCUUAAAUGCGCAGGCGCGCCAGCCGCUCUCUUUUCUGCUCUUCCUUCUGCCUGUCUCCAGACGUCAGCGGCUGUUGGGUCCUAUGUCGCGCCGGGCCCUCCGGAGGCUGAGGGGGGAACAGCGCGGCCAGGAGCCCCUCGGGCCCAGCGCCCUGCAGUUUGUCCUUCAUGAUGACGAUGAUGUGGAAGAAGAAUGCCCAAAGCGGGGUCCAGGUGGCCGGCGCCCCCGGGGCGCAGGGAAGGAGGGAGUCCGAGUCAACAACCGGUUCGAGCUGAUAAACAUUGAGGACCUUGACGAGGCACCUGGGGUAAAUGGGGAGAGGACAGACUGUCUGCUUGUGGAUGCCGUGGUGUCAGGGAACAAGAGGAGGGCCCAGAGCGGGCACUCAGAGUCCACCAGGGGUGGCGAUGCAGCAGACACGGCAGUUCCCUCAGAGCAGUCCAAUGCAAGUAGCAAACUCCGCAAGAAGAAAAGAAAACAGAAAAAUAAGAAAACCGCAGGAGAAACCUCGGAGAAUGGCCUAGAGGACAUUGACCGCAUCCUGGAGAGGAUUGAGGAUGCCAGCGGCGCCAGCCGCCCGGGCCCGCCCCCCCUGAGCACCAAGAAGCACGUCCUGUAUGUGGAGCACAGACACUUGAAUCCAGACACAGAGCUGAAAAGAUAUUUUGGUGCCAGAGCCGUCCUUGGGGAGCAGAGGCCGCGGCAGAGACAGCGCGUGUACCCUAAGUGUACAUGGCUGACCACCCCGAAGAGCACGUGGCCCCGGUACACCAAACCAGGUCUGUCUAUGCGGCUGCUGGAGUCCAGGAAAGGCCGCUCGGCCUUCACCUUUGAGCACAGCGAGGAGUACCAGCAGACACAGCACAAGUUCCUGGCUGCCGUCGAGUCCAUGGAGCCCAACAACAUUGUGGUCCUGCUGCAGUCGAGCCCCUACCACGUGGACUCACUCCUGCAGCUUAGCGAUGCAUGCCGCUUUCAGGAGGACCAGGAGACAGCACGCGACCUCGUGGAGCGUGCACUGUACAGCAUGGAGUGUGCCUUCCACCCCUUGUUCAGCCUCACCAGCGGGACCUGCCGGCUGGACUACCGCAGGCCUGAGAACAGGAGCUUCUACCUGGCCCUCUACAAGCAGAUGAGCUUCCUGGAGAAGCGGGGCUGCCCACGCACGGCGCUGGAGUACUGCAAGCUCAUCCUCAGCCUGGAGCCGGACGAGGACCCCCUGUGCAUGCUGCUGCUGAUCGACCACCUGGCCUUACGAGCGCGGAGCUACGAGUACUUGAUCCGCCUGUUCGAGGAGUGGGAGGCCCAUCGGAACCUGUCCCAGCUCCCAAACUUUGCCUUCUCUGUGCCACUGGCCUAUUUCCUGCUGAGCCAGCAGGCAGACCUCUCUGAGCAGGAGGUGAGCUCUGCGAGAGAGGAGGCCUGUGUCCGGAUCCAGCAGGCACUUACCAUGUUCCCCGGAGUGCUCAUGCCCCUGCUCGAGUACUGCAGUGUGCGCCCCGACGCCACCGUGGCCACGCACCACUUCUUCGGACCCGACGCCGAGAUCAGCCAGCCGCCUGCCCUGAGCCAGCUGGUGAGCCUGUACCUGGGGAGGUCACACUUCCUCUGGAAGGAGCCGGCCACCAUUAGCUGGCUGGAAGAGAAUGUGCACAAGGUCCUACAGGUGGUGGACGCUGGGGACCCUGCCGUGGAGGCGUGUGAGAGCAGGCGCAAGGUGCUGUACCAGCGGGCGCCUAGGAACAUCCACCGGCAUGUGGUCCUGUCUGAGAUCAAGGAGGCUGUGGCCGCCCUGCCGCCGGAUGUGACCACACAGUCUGUGUUGGGCUUCGACCCUCUGCCCCCUCUGGACACCAUCUACUCCUACGUCAGACCAGAGAGGCUCAGCCCCGUCAGCCACGGAAACACCAUCGCCCUCUUCUUCCGCUCACUGCUGCCCAACUACACCGUGGAGGGGGAGCGACCGGAGGAUGGGGGGCCCGGGGGUCUGCACCAUGACCAGGGCCUGAACAGACUGAUGCUGGCUGUGCGGGACAUGAUGGCCAACUUCCACUUCCACGACCUGGAGGUGCUGCCUGAGGAGCACCCUGAGGGCGACGGGGAGUGGGACUGAGUCCAGUGGCGUGCACGCCCCAGCGCUGCAGUCGUGCUCCGGGUUCUAUUCUGGUCAGAUCGGCCAGGUCGCCACCUGCUCUGCUCUUCUAUAAACUACGUGGGUUGCACUCUGCCGCGUGAACUCUUCUUUCCCAGGGCUGCAGUCGCCGCCCCCAGCUCCCCUCACGUGCAGGACCUCGCCGCCACUGCCAUGCUGCCCUGGGGCAUCACAGGGCCAGAGUCCAUGCUGGCUUCAGGGGUGUGGGUGUGGAAGCCAAGAGAUAUGUCUUGGGAAGAUUGCUCGUCCUGGCAGCUCUGGGGAGUGAACGAGGCAGAGACUGGGGGGCACUUGAUCUGGGGGCAAAUGGACUGAGGGGUGGAGAGGGCGAAGACCAAGGCGCUUCAUCCAGAUUGCGUCCUAGCACUCUUGAGUGACAGCUCAGAACCACACAGGCCGCCCGUGAACCGAGGACGCUGUGUGGUGGUGGAAGGAUCCAGGCCACUGAGGUUGUGAGUCCCACUGGGUACUCUUGUCUACUGAGCACCAUCCCAGCUCUGACCUCUGCCCACAGAGGCUGCCUGUGUGCUCCAGGGCAGCAUCUGGGCCCCAGGCCGGUCAGUGUGGCGACAGGUGUGACCCAGUCGUCUCCCGUCAACAGCCACCCAACUCCUGUCCAUCGCCUGUCUUCCAGGAAGUCCAAGGCAUCCUAGUGAUGUGAGCUCACCCUCCAGCCGUUCCCAGGUGAGGGGCACCUGAACACCUGGCAAGGACAGGGCCCUUCAGACAUGAUGCUGUGAGCUAAACUUCCCACCAUCCACACCUAGCUCCAGAGACCAGGCCUGCCCUGGAGCCAUAUGGCCCCCACCAAGGUGGGCUGUGGUGGACUUUGGCCAGUAAUACAGUCUGCUGAGGAUCUUUUGAGAAGGGGCUUGUUCUCUGAAAAUGACAGGCAAGCAGGGAGAGCUUGGUGCCCUGCCUCUUUCAACCUUAAAUACAUUUAGGUGGGGGUGUGAUGUAUGGAGCUACAGCAGCCAUCUUGCAACCAGCAGUCCAACUUUAUGAUGAAGAGCCAGGGUCCUGGGAUAGUGAAGCAAAGACUGGGCCCAGGCCUGCUGUCCACACAGUGCUUAGCCAUGCUGCUCUGGCUGCUAGAGUUAGACAGCCAGGGCCCUUACAUCUAGACAUCUGUGCUAUAAAGUCUCACCUGACCACUCAGA